AUGGUGGCGGAUGUUGUUUUUGUUUUAGUAGUUGAAGUUUUUGUUUGUUGUUGGAUUGAGAGCGACAACGGUAGUUUGCUGAUGGUUUCGUUUAUUUACAGCUGCGUCUCUAGUCGUCUGAUGUUUGCUAGUGUGAAGAGGGCUGUUGGGCAAUAUUCAUGUUUUCAUGUGAUUUGUUCCCCGCGCUUCCACAGUAACUAUGUUGUGGGGGUCAACAAGGCGCCUAGUUGGAUCGCGUCCCCGACAGAAAGGCGACGAAAGUUUGGUGAAGAGUGCCUUGCCGAAGGUAAAGAGCGGGAUGGCGACAUGGAUGUAGAGCUUGUUCCCGUGGACGUGAAAAAGCUUGCUUUGCCCCUGCACCUCACGGACUCGAUCCCGCAGGAUAUCGUCGAUAAUAUCGUUGCGAGAGAUAGAACACUUGUUUUCGCGCCAAACAUGAAGAUACUAGACCUGCACAGGCGGUUGUCCCGGAUGAAGUAUCGGAUAAGCGUCCAGCCGCUUGGGAAGGUGCUGCACUUCCGAUUCUUUCGGCUGUGUAAAUUGUCCAGCGGUAUGCCCGGAGAUGUUACAGUGGAAACCUUCCGCAGCAUCCAGCAGAAACUCUCCGAGUACACAAGAUUUUUGGUGAUGGAUGAACGUUGGCCACUGGAGUUGUCAUUAGAAAUUACCCCCAUUAUUGAGCAUCAACGGAAGCAAAUGCUUGAAUGCCAAGGGGAAUGCCGCGUUUCAACGGCGGAGGAUGUAAUGGAGUUACUUAGUAGUGUUUUUUCCGCUGAGCUCCGCGUGGGGGCGUGGUGCGGUUUGUCUUGCACACCAGUCUUGGCGAAGAUGGCGUGCGACGAGUGUCACAGGAAACACAAACUAUGCCGACAGGACUAUUCUCGCGGUGGGGUAGUAGGUACCGUGCGUUACGAUAUUAGGUCGCACAAGGAGGCAAAGGAGUUUGUGCAGAACCUUUCGUUGGGCGAUAUUCCUGUUGUUGGGAAGCCACAGGCGAGGCUCCUGGAAGAUGUUUAUGGCAUUACCAAAUGCGGCGGGAUUGCGGAUCAGGAGGUAAGACUGGGUUUCAGCCUGUCGCAGUCGACGAUGGAGUUCUUCCUCUCUGUAGCGUAUGGCACCGUUCGACUCCCUAGCGAGGCCACCACCACGCUUUUGCGCAAACCGCCGAGAUGUAAGGCCGCCCAUAUACGGCGCGAGUCACAGUUUGGCCGUGUGGUAUCAGACGAACAGUUUAUCAACACCGUAAUGUCCGUCUUCGACAACGUGUACACAGACCUUGUGGAACAUGAUUUCGUGACGGGACGGGUCAUGAUCGAGACACGCCGCACACUCCCGCGCACUCAUUGGGUGGUUGAAGAGAGCGAAGACAUUGCGCCCCGAACGAACGACCGCGAUUUGCUGCGGGAGGUAACGAUCCGCCUCGCAAGACGUUUUGCCCCACGGCGAACCGAAGAGCUGCGAGACAUUUACAGCGUUGGUGUUCAUUUCGGAGACGUGCGCUCGUGGUCAGAGAAUGAGAGGUUGCAGAAGAAAGCUGUUGCAGUGAGCGAAGGGGGCAGCCCCACGACAGGCGGAAGGAAGGAUGGCGUUAUCGGUGCGGCGAACGGUGUCCCGGCGCCUACAGUGCCCAAGGGUAGCUCUUCCGCUGGGGCACGACAGCAGAAAAGAAAGAGAACGGGCACCGGUCCAAAGCCGUUGAGGAAAGGCAAGAUGGGGGCGGCAUCGGGAAUUCGCAUCGUCACAUAA